GGACGCGCCUGUGUGCUGUUCCCAAUUAUCGUCCUUCGUUUGAUCCCUGGACUGACUCGACAAUAUAGUGUGUUCAGGGAGUUCCUUAACGUCGCAAACAACUACAAACGGUCCAAGACGGCUUGGGUGAGAAGCAAACAAACACCAGGGAAAUAAAUAGGAAAUUCAACAGACGGCGUCAACAACCAACGUGUCAUGGCGUAUCAACAGCGCCCUGCGCAGAGGCCUCCUCCGGUCAGGAGCUACGGCGCUCGCCCUCCUCCGCAGGCCUACGGACCGCCCCCAGAUGCCUACGAUCAGGGAUACGAUUACGGAUAUGAUAAUCAGGCUUACCAGCAAGGCGAUGGUGCUUAUGAUGAUGGAUCUGGAUACCGUAACGACUAUGCGAGUCCGCGAUCUUAUGGUCCUCCGCGAGGACAACCCCGACCCCCUCGCGGAGGUUACGGGCCCCCAAUGGACCCUUACGACCGAAACUAUGCAUAUGGACGACCACCUCCCGAUGCUCGACGUGGUGCUCCGGCAGGUAGAAGACCGCCCCCGCGGGGUGGUAUGAGACCGCCUCCGCAGCGCCAACCACCGCCCGGAGGCGAGAGAAUGGGCUGGGACAAUCCUUUCCCCAACUUCCCCCCAGGAGGACCUCCUCCCAGAGGGCAGCGUCGUCCAUCAGUACCAGGUAGCGUGGAGAGGGGGAUGGCAGCCAUGGAUAUCAAUGGCCCUGGAAGAGCUCCGGAACGCCCACAUACAUCGAAUGGAAGACGACCAGACCGAGCGCCAGGUUCUCCCGGCCGGGGCAGAGGACCAUACCCCCCUGGUGGCCCUGUCCCUAUUAGGUCGACCAGCGCAGGACGCCCGGGCCCAGGCUCUGAUCGAAUGGCGUAUACCGACCCUAAUGGCCCGCCGCCAAUGCCGCCUGUCAGUCGGAGUGCGACGAUGCCUAUUGCAGCACCACCAGUUGGACCGCCCGUUGGGAAACCAGUUUACCCCGGACAGGCGACCUAUCAGGACCCCGGUUUUCCAAUGUCAGGGCCGGAUUACCCACCAUCUAGACCAGGUACUUCUGGAGGCUACCGGCCGGGUCGUGGCCCCCCACCCGUUGAACCGGGCCGUGAUUCCCACGAAAAUCAUGAUACCGAUGAUCUCUUGGACAGCUAUUACGGAUCGGCUGCGGAUGACCCCGAUAUGCCCAACUUCGAUGCUAUGCCCGAUGGAGGAAAGGGCGGGAUUGAUGAUGUACUUGGAUUAGAGACACCGAAAACGAAAACACCCGUUUUCCCAGAUUCUCCAGGAGGUUACGCCGCAUACAACCCGCGACCUAGUGGUGAUCUCCAGCAUUCAGAGUCCCAACGAAGUCUCCGCUCCCCAACUGAGCCGAGCCAAUUCGCAACUGCCGGAUUCCAGUUCGAUCUUCCCGGAGAGUCACCAGCACCCCCGCCUAAAGAAAACAUGGGAUACGCAACUGCCGAUCCGUAUGGAGAUUAUCAAAGUCAAGGAGCACCAAUGGCGGGAUACCCUGAUAACCGGGGCGGCUAUCCUAUGGGACAACAGGGUUCCAUCCGCAGCAACGGUCCUCCUCAGCCAUACCGGAUGAAUAACCCUCAAUAUGCAAAUGAACAACGCAGCCCGGCCAAUGAGAGAGAGGCCAUGGAUCCACAGCAGAACCCCGACGCUCUUCCCCAUCACCCUGUUCCCUUCCGUCCUGGCCUUGAUCAAGGCAAGCCUGCACCGGUCCGACAAUACAACAAUGCUCCGAACAACGCAGCUCCCCCCACUGCUGCCCCGCAAGUUCAUGUUGCCGAACCGGUACCUCCUGCCCCCGUCACACGCGAGGAGCUUCAGCAAUUGCAACAGAUGGCCAAGAACAAAUCGGACCACAAGACGCAGCUUUUGCUCGCGCAGAAGAUGGUUGAGGCAGCCACAGUGUUGGUUGAUGAAACUCAUCUGGACCCGAAGUCCAAGGCCAAAGCUCGGGAGAAGUAUGUCUUGGAUGCCCACAAGAUUGUGAAGAAGCUGGUAUCCAACGGCUAUCCCGAAGCGCAGUUCUACCUGGCAGACUGUUACGGCUCAGGUCAGCUGGGUUUGGCAGUUGAUAACAAGGAAGCCUUCAAUCUAUACCAUUCUGCUGCCAAGAACGGACAUGCGCAGUCGGCUUACCGGGUUGCCGUGUGUUGUGAAAUUGGCCAAGAAGAAGGCGGCGGUACGAAGCGCGAUCCGUUCAAGGCGGUGCAAUGGUACAAGCGCGCCGCAUCUUAUGGAGACACGCCUGCCAUGUACAAGGUGGGUAUGAUCUUGCUCAAAGGACUUUUGGGGCAGACUAAGAACCCUCGUGAGGGUAUCUCUUGGUUGAAGCGUGCCGCUGAACGUGCCGAUUUCGAGAAUCCCCAUGCACUCCACGAGCUUGCGCUCAUGUACGGAAACGCAAGCGGCAAUGAUAUCAUCGUUCGUGAUGAAGAGUAUGCCCGACAGCUCUUCCACCAGGCCGCAGAGCUGGGAUACAAAUUUUCUCAGUUCCGCCUUGGUGCUGCCUACGAGUACGGCUUGAUGGGAUGCCCUGUUGAUCCUCGACAGAGUAUUAUCUGGUACACUCAUGCUGCUGCACAAGGAGAGCACCAGAGUGAGCUUGCUCUUAGUGGAUGGUAUCUUACCGGAUCGGAGGGUAACUUGCAGCAAAGCGACACGGAGGCCUACCUCUGGGCACGGAAAGCAGCCAGUGCAGGUCUUUCCAAAGCAGAAUACGCCAUGGGUUACUUUACCGAAACUGGUAUCGGUGUUACUGCCAAUUUGGAAGAUGCCAAACGUUGGUAUUGGCGAGCAGCUGCCCAAGGAUUCGGCAAGGCCCGUGAACGUCUUGAAGAUCUCAAGAAGGGGGGAGGUCGUAUGCAAAAGACCCGCGUCUCUCGUUCCCAGAACCAGAACGAAGGGGACUGUAUCGUUAUGUGAUCUGCUUCUAUCUCGACCCAUAUUUUCGGAUUUCUUUUCUUUUCCAACUUUUAAAUUGGAUGGGGUGCUUUAUCUUAAUCUCCUACAUGUGUUGCAUAUACCUAAUGAGAACCAGAGCUUGAUGUAUUAAUGCGCUGUACAUUUAGCAGGAUUUUUCGGAUUGGGUCUUUUUCUUCAUUUCUUUACUUACUAUGGGUUGUAAAAUCUCUUUUUUCCUUUUUCUCAUGACCUUUUGUUUCUCACUUACGAUGGAAAGCAAUGAUCGGCAAGACGAUAAUUUCAGGCAGAUAGAGGCGCGGAUCAUCAGCAUUUUCUUUUUUAUUUUGCAUAACUACUCCGGGGCAUUUUGACAAGACAAAAGAAAAAACAUGAUGAACAGAACCUGAGAGCUAGCUGGCUGGUUCUUGUUGUUGCAUAUACCAUCUAAUAAUCAAUUAUUUACUUUU